AUGGCCAAACCACAGUCCCUCACUCCGCGUUCCCUCCAGACUCGCCUUUCCCACAUUCUUCAACACUGGCCCCAAGAUGCCGUGCGCCCAGCUUCAGUCUCGGUGCAAAGCUAUAUUCAAAGGCAACUCCGCGAUAACCAGAACUCCACGACGACCACCCCUUCCUCAUCGCGAUCUACAUCCUCCCCCGAGCCGGCACUCAAGCCUCUUCCUCCGAUCUCUGAAUCUUCUGUGAACGCGCUAUCCGCUCUAUUGGAGAAUCGCUUCGCGAACAAGUUCCCAUUGUCUCAAAAGAUUCGCUACCCGGCGAGUGACCCGGAAUACUACGACAAUCUGAUUAAAGAGUUCGAAGAGGCGCCAAACAGAGAUUGGUUUGGUCGCUUGCGCAAGCGUUUGGGUGGUUUGUUGCGAUUGCAGUGA